UUGAAUAUUUACCACGCAAAGCAACGCCAGGCUGGUAACGCGACGUCGCUUUGUGGGCGGCGAAGUGCAGCGUCGCCGCGUGCGUUGUCUGCGCCGCUGAGGCUCGGUUCUGUCCGUCUAUAAGAGCGUCGUUGCUCAUUGCUGCGCGAGGGGUUUUACGUCACGUGUGCACGUGAACGCGUGGUGUUGAAUGAGCUUGUUUACUCCGUGGCUCCGUUUUGUUUUGGCAUCAUGAUCUGCAGCCCAAUAAGCCUUAACACUGCCUCACAGAAACAUCAACUCGUGUGUUAUUCGCCUGAUUUAAAGGCAGUUUUGAAUGCUUCCCAGUACUCUGCAUGAUGUGAAUAUUCUAAUUUAAUGGACCGAGUAUAUCGUUUUGUAUCUGUUUAACACCAAGUCAAACAGCAGAUAAUAAUGGUUGACUUGUGGCCCCAAUAAAAUGUAAAAACAGGUGAAUAUUUACAAGUUCACCUUAUUUGUUUCCUUCUCCUUGUAGAGGUGUUAGACAAUAUAAUGCUUACAUAAUUCCUCAACCGUGAAAUAGUCCAAUGUAGCAGCAGAUGCACUUGAGUUAAUAAUUGAUCCUGUUCUUUGAACAGUUGGCCCUGUGUGUGUGUGUGUGUGUGUGUGUGUGCGUGCGCGUGUGAAUGAGGAAGCAUUGUUGUUACAGAAAGAAGGUACAAGGACGUUGUAGAAAGUGCAGCAGUGCUUGAGUAACUAUUGUGCGACUUGUAGCUACACAGCUUUUUUUCUUCCCGCUAUUUGGUUGGUAAAGCUUUAAGGGGACUAAGUUCCAGGUGAGUCAACUGAUUGAAGACGAGCUCCUGUGGAUCGCGGCGAUGGAGGAAGAGUUGACGCCUUUGGACUGCCUUCUGCCCUCAGGCACGCAGAGGAUCUGUCUGAUUAUUCUGAACCAGCCUCUAAAUAAAGACUACCUGCAGAUUCUCUGGAGAAAAGCACUCUUGAGGGCGUGUGCCGAUGGAGCUGCCAAUCACCUUUACAGCAGCACCGCUGGAGAUAGAGACAGCUUUCUCCCAGACUAUAUCAGUGGGGAUUUUGAUUCCAUUACUGCCGAGGUCAAAGCGUUCUAUGGAGACAAGGGCUGCAGCCUGAUAGAAACCGCUGACCAGGAUCUAACCGACUUCACCAAGUGCCUCGCGAUCAUGGUGGGUGAAAUUCAAAGGCGACAGUUGCAGGUGGAUGCCAUCGUGACACUGGGCGGCCUCGCUGGCAGAUUUGACCAGACCAUGGCGUCUGUGGAGACCCUGCACCACGCCCUGCCCAUGACCCCACUCCCCCUGUUGAUGUUACAGGGGACCAGCCUGGUACACCUUCUCAGACCAGGCCGUCACAGACUAGCGGUGAACACGGGUCUGGAGGGUGACUGGUGCAGCCUCAUUCCGGUGGGCGGAGCCUGUCAAACGACCACCACUGGACUGAAAUGGAACCUGAAUAACCAGGUCCUGCAGUUUGGGAAGCUAGUAAGCACCUCUAACACCUUCGAGCCUGUUGGCCCCGGAAACCCCAGAAAGCCAGUUACCGUGACAACAGACCGGCCCUUGCUCUGGAGCAUGGGCAUCAGAGAGGAUGGGCAAUGACACAGCGGAAGCCCCCCUCCCUUCUCGGGGGCCACAUUUGACUACAAAAAACAUGCUACAGCCGUGCUGUGGAAAACUCACACGCUUGAGAUGUUUUUGCAGAGCAUGGAAAAUACUGAAAGUAUUUUUACUAUUUAACAUUUUCUUUUAACAGCUUCCUCGCUGUGCAGGGUGAAAUUUUAAAUGAACCAUAUGAAGGAAAAGAAAUCCAAGCCAUAUCCCAGUUGAAUAGGACUGAGAUGAUAGCAGAUAGUGACUUUAUACCUAUGAAGCAUCACAGCCUACACCACGUGCCUUUAACGUCACGUCAAAUCUUGUUCACGCAGCUUAAUUGUGCCUUCUGAUGACAGUUGAAGAAUAGUCGUUUUUUUUUUAAAACUUUUAUACCUGCUGUAGUGAUUGAAAAGCAAAUAUAGACUAGACAAAUCUAAUCUGUGUUUUCCAUU